UUCUUCUUCUUUAUAAUAUAAACUCAUGACUACACACUCCCACAUUAGAAACACCUAGUAGAAAAGCUUUGAUCAAUUACCAUCAGUCUAUAAGCCUUUCAUGUUUCCUAUAUGCAAAACAUUCAAGCAGUUUUGUUCUCAGUAUAGCCUCUAGAUGCUUUAAUUAAUCUUGCUCUUUUGUUCAAAUCGGUAGAUGGGUUUGAGGGAUAUUGGAGCCACACUGCCACCAGGGUUUCGGUUUUAUCCUAGUGAUGAUGAGUUGGUUUGCCACUAUCUAUAUAAGAAGAUAGCUAAUGAAGAUGCCCGUAAGGGAACUUUAAUGGAAAUUGAUCUUCAUACUUGUGAGCCAUGGCAGCUUCCUGAGAUGGCAAAACUCAAUUCAAGUGAGUGGUAUUUCUUCAGCUUUCGCGAUCGCAAGUACGCGACUGGAUACCGAACUAACAGGGCCACCACAUCUGGAUAUUGGAAGGCCACAGGAAAAGAUAGGAUAGUUGUUGAUCCAGUAACUAGUGCCACAGUAGGGAUGAGGAAGACUCUAGUGUUUUACAAGAACCGAGCACCAAAUGGAAUUAAAACUGGUUGGAUUAUGCAUGAAUUUCGCCUCGAAAACCCUAAUAAUCCGCCCAAGGAAGAUUGGGUUUUAUGUAGAGUGUUUUACAAGGCAAAGGGAGACAAUAGCAAUGAACACUUUCCAGAAGACAUGUUGAUCAACACAGCUCACAAAGCCACUUCAGCAAAUCUUGAUCCAUCUCCUACCCUCACCCUUACCAACUGUUGCCAGCCACCACCUUGUGUCCACCAUCACCACCCAUUCACCAACAACAUAUCCACCACCCUCUCUGAUCGAAACCCACCGCUACACAUCCACCACCACCACCAAAAUUACUUUGGAAUAUCACCAACACAAUGUAACCCUCCAAAUGUUCUCCAACAAUCUCAAGAUUCUACCAUGAUUGAAUCCACGAACGAAAUGAUAAUAAGCUCAAAUAAUAAGUGUGAAGAUCAAUACGGUGUCUUUUAUGAUUUGGGUCUCGAAGACUAUAUCACUUCCCAUAAUCUACAAGACAUAGAAUUCGAGGAUGACGAUAAUGACAAUGGCAUGGUGCUCUACAAGUAGUAACUAGUUAUGCAAACUUGCUUCAAGUGUUUAAGGUGUAGAAAAAUUAAGAUAGGAACAUUAAAUUUCUUCAUUUGAUUAUUUAUUGUUUUGUGUUUGAAUUAGAUUUGAACGAAGUGAUUGGUUGGUUGUGUAUUAAGAGAUUGAAUAUAUGUACAUGCAUAGGAUGAUUGUGUUUGUUAA